AGAUUCAGCCUCACAGUAUCACAGCCUGACAAGGGUGAGUGUCUGCCUAUCGUGUCGAGACAUGAUUCGCUGUUCAAGAUACGAGCAGGGCGCUCUUCUUCUGUUUCUUCCCCCAGCGCACCUCCUCCAUCCUACUUACCCAUAGACAUGCAAUCGCAUCAAGCGUAACGUCCAAUGUCGCUCCCGGAUUCUAUCACUAUUUCGACCGCUGUUGUUGUGGAGGAUGAAGCGAAUCCUAAGGUGCACGUGGCAUCAGGCUGUGAGCCGCAUCGGAUACCUCCAGACUCGCCCGAGCCUUGUCCAUUCCGCCUCUUCAAGAUCGAUGGCUUUGCAACGGACAGUACUCUCGACCUCACCUUAUUGGAAGGCGAGCCUUGCCACAACGUGAAGGAGCAUGCAGCUCUCUCAUACGCCUGGGAAGGGCAGACGCGCGACCGCAUUGUCUACUGCAACGGCCAUCAAGCUCUUAUCACCGAGUCACUGCGGGCGUUUCUUACUGUGUUACUGGAGAAAUACGGGCCCAACAACUUCUACUGGGCGGAUCAAUUGUGUAUCUCUCAAGCAGGAUCCAGUGACAAGGAGCGCCAGAUACCAUUGAUGGAUACUUAUUUCUCCCAGGCGCAGGAAAUUUUGAUUUGGCUCGGGCCAUCCACUACCCUGACAGACCUGUGCUUCGAUAUGAUGACCGAUGUCGUCAAAAUUCUUCACAAGCCUAUAAUCAACCCAGAUAGCUACAUUGAUCGACAUUUCCUAGGAGCUCUGGGUUGCCGACCGGAAGUGGAGGAUCGGUUCUGGCACGGAGUGAGUGAACUUUGUAACCGGGUAUGGUGGCACAGGGUGUGGACGACGCAGGAGUUCAUUUUAGCCAAACGAGCAGACUUCUAUUGCGGAUCACGCAGUGGCAAUGUCAAGGAGCUUUUAGAGGCUAUCAUCGAAGCCAAUGAUAAGCGCCCCAUUUUGGCCUUGAUGGAUAUUGAAUUCUCAGUGAUGUUGAAUGUUCUCCCUUUGGGCUUGCUGGGCGAGUUCCAGCCGCGCAGUUUGGGUUUGGGCUUGCCUGUGGAACUACCUAUCUGGUGGCUUAUGCAACUCGCUCGCGGGAAAAAAAGCUCCCAGGAAGUCGACAAAGUGUUCGGACUCCUCAGCAUCUGCCGCACUGCUGCUCGAGAUAAUCUCAAGGUGCGGUACCAAGGAAGAGGAUAUUGGACUACAUGGAUCCGGUGGGCUCAUUAUGGACUUCAGGAGGAUCGGGGAUGGAGGCUUUUGAUAUCAGACCCGUGGCUAAGACAUCAGCACCUCCCGUCGUGGUGCCCGAACCUUAAUUCGCCUCAUUCAACCACUGAGGUUCUCUAUUGGCAUUUCCAGGCUGGUGACCCAACCGAGGUGAAAGACGAAUCUUCGCAGUGGCCGUUCCCACUUGCUGUCACCAUCGAUGAGAAAGGGUUGAUUUGCAAUGGUCUACUUGUUGACACAGUCAAGGAGGUCACUAGACUACAAAUUGGAGAGAACGUCGACGGUGGUGAGCAAUAUGGACCUCGCGAUGUCGACGAACCCAGAAGGUAUCAGGCAAGCAACUUGGUCCCGUAUUUGCAGCGAGCCUGGGUCCUGGCUCACAAGCCGUCUGAUAAGACCGAACGAGCAUUCACUGACUAUUUGCGUACCAUCACGAAUGACCGAAUCCGAGAUCCGGACCAAACCCGUCCAACUGACGCCGAAUUGGGCCAGGCAUUUCAAGCACUUAUGAAUGACGGAGAAGGCACUGAGAAAGAGAAACAGAUCAGAACCCGUGGUAUCAUAGGUCAGAUCGAAUUAUCAUGUAGGGGAAAGUCUUUCUUGACUACUGAAGACGGCAUGAUGGGCAUCGGACCCCUUGACAUUGAAGCAGGUGACUUGGUAUGCAUUUUUCCGAAAGUCAAAGUACCGCUGAUCGUGAGACGUGCAAACAAAGAUGUGCAAGGCAAAUCCAUCCAGCCGAUCCAACUGGAGGCAGGGAAGGAGCAUAUUGGGUGCAUGUUUCUUGGUCCUGCGUUCGUUCAAGGAAUCAUGUAUGGAGAAGCAUUCGAGUUAUGCGAAGAGAGGGGCGUCCAAGAUCAGUUCUUCACCAUAAUUUAACAGCAAGGACGGACAAGCGAGACAAUCCGAGAAGAUAAG